UUUUCUGUGUAAAUCGAAUGAUGAUGCAAUUAAUGAUCGAACAGGAAUUUAAUCAUAAUAAAACAAUGCGGCCAACACCAUUGAUUUUGAAUGCAGAAGGUAGAACCGUUGAUCAAACUGGUAAAGAAGUGCAAUUGAUUCAACGAAUGCCUACAUUAAAAGCGAACAUUCGUGCUCAAAAAAAAGAACAAUUCAUCAAACUGAAUCAUGAAAAACAAUCAAGUCUAUCGUCGACUGAACAAAAAUUUAUCGACACAAGGUUGGAAAGUAAAGCACCCGUUCGAGCACGAAAGACAUUCCGUUUUCAUGAUAAAGGAACAUUCGAAUCGAUUGGAAAUAAAAUUAGAAUCAAAGCCCAAUUGGAAUUGUUACAGAAGGAUAUUGCCCAGAAAGCCAAACGAACCGGCAUAAGUGCUGCAGCACGUUUAGCAUUGCUUAAUUCGAUAGUUCCAAAAAAACAAGCGAAAGAAGAUGAAAUUCCAUCAGUGGAAUGGUGGGACAGUUUCAUCAUGAAAGACAGUUGUUACGAGGAAUGCAUCCAGAAUACACAACCAUCACAGGAAAAGUACGAUGGAAUCACACAACUCAUCGAGCAUCCUAUUCAGAUGACCCCACAUGAACCAUCCAAACCACAAUUGCCAGUAUUCUUAACGAAAAAAGAGCAGAAAAAACUGCGCAGACAAAACCGCCGUGAAGCAUGGAAAGAAAAACAGGAGAAAAUUCGAUUGGGUUUGGAACCACCGCCAGAACCAAAACUGAAAAUAUCGAAUAUGAUGAGAGUUCUUGGCCAACAGGCCGUACAAGAUCCUACCAAAAUGGAAGCUCAUGUUCGUGAACAGAUGAUGCGGCGGCAAAAAGCUCACGAAGAGGCGAACGCUUCGCGGAAAUUAACAAGCGAACAAAAAAAGCAGAAAAAAAUACGGAAAAUCAAAGAAGAUACGAAUACUGGUGUGAAUGUAGUCGUCUAUAGAAUUUUGGAUCUAAACAACCCUGCCAAGAAAUUCAAGGUUGAAGCAAAUAUGAAACAAUUAUUAAUGACUGGUGUCGUUGUAAUCUACAAAAAUGUCAACGUUAUUGUCGCUGAAGGUGGUCCAAAACAGCAGAAAAAAUUCAAACGUCUUAUGUUACAUCGAAUAAAAUGGUCAGAUGAUGUGGUCACUCAUGGAGAUUCUAAUGAACCUGAUUCCAGUAAUGAUUCCGAUUUAAAACGUAAACGAGAGAAUAAAUGUCUGCUCGUAUGGGAAGGUUCAGUUAAAAAUCGGGCAUUUGGUGAAGUAAAAUUCAAAAAUAGUCCCAACGAAAGUUUUGCUAGAGAAAUUUUUAAAAACCAUGGAGUUGAACAUUAUUGGGAUCUAGCAUAUAGUAUGUAAAAAAACAGUUUAAAAAAACCACAUGAUUGUAAAAAAAGAAACUUUUUAUUGUAAUAAAUUGAUUUUUUAAAAUCUUAUUAAACUGCCACACGAAUCAUUUUGUUGGAAAAUAUCUCGGGUGAUGGCCAACGAUGAUGAUGAUUUAAAUUCAUUAAACACUUGUUGAUAUUCUAGAAUCUAGAUGAACAUAAUUAUCUUAGGCUUGGCCACGUUGAAUCAAUUCAUGCUUCAUCAUGCACACAGACAAACACACAUGGAAAUCAUCAUUUCAUAUACACAGCUUUAUCAUUAGAAAAGGUGGCUCAAAGAACUUGAACAAAUAUUGAAAAAAAACUUGAGCAAUUUUACCA